AUGCUGGUUCUUUUUGAGCAUCGUAAAUCUCUUUUGUCAGAUAGAGAGUUUGUUCAAAAGCAAGCGAAAAUGAUAAUAGACAACAAAGUAUUUGUUGCGGGUACCAUAAAUUCAAAUAAAAUAUGGGAUGAUAGUAAAAAGGAACAAAAAACACAGGAAGGAGACCUAAACGAAAAUGCGAACGAAAAUGGAGCUACGGAAACGCGAGUUUACGGACGAUUGCUAAGUAUUAUAAAUGCGAACCGACCGCCACGCCAUCGUGUCAAAGAAACGCAUAAUCGUCCAAUUGCAUUCGGUUGUUUUUGUUUUGCUCCGGCUAGCCUCAAGAGCGGGCCAAGUGAUUUUCAAUCAGGGUUCUUUGAGGGGCUCAGUAUGUUGGAGGAAGCAAUGCAUGGGACUUUGAUGAUGGCAGUUGCCGAUCAACGCGGUUCUGUAAUUAUUAUUGAUUUUGGGUCAAACAAAUUUUGGCAGAUAACACGGAUUGGCAUAGCUGCUUCGGCUAUUGCCUUCACACCCUUGAUGAGAAAUGAGCUAGUUAUUUCCUUCACCGACAAUUCGAUAAGGUGUUACAAUUCAGAAUCGCGUCAAUUAAUAGCAGAGAUGAGAGGUCACAAAAAGCCUGUAGACUUUAUAUCCAUGCAUCCCAAAAGGCACAUAGCAAUCACAUGCUCGCCAUCUGAAGCAAUAUUGUGGAAUAUGAUUAGAUGGUCUAAAUUAAAAAUAUUAAGUCGUCUGAAAGAGGGUGUCGCUCUAAGAAGGGGCGAACUUAUAAUUACGAGUUUUUACGAUGAAACCAUUUAUUUCUGGAGUUGUUCCAGUUUCGAUCUGCUCUGGAGGCUACAAACACCUGUGCUCAUUCCCAAUCAACUGCUGAGUUUCAGUAACGUAUAUGAUGUCGCGACAAAAAAUGAAAGGAUGAUUAUUGUUGCUGGAAAAAAGACUUUAUAUAUAUGGGAUUAUGAUAUUAAGGACCUGAUAUACGAUAUCAAUCUUGACGCAAUAUUUGACGGUGAAAUCGUUAAAUUUGAACCCGUGCGUGAUAACGCGUAUUUGUUGGUUCUUUCGUCAGAUGGAACACUUAUGAUCGUCGAUAUAUUUCAGAGCGAAUUGUCAAUACAUAUAUUGAACGCGCAAUAUCCUGUCAAGUUUUUUGAAGUUUCACCAGAUGGAAAAUUUCUUGCAACUAAUGCGAUGAAAGAAAGAUCGGUGAUAACUAUAUGGGAUUUGGAAGCACUCAUCUCGGACACCUUGCAACAACGAAAUUUGUCUGUCUCGCGAAUUACGAUGUCACAAAAUGAACACUCUUUGGAAGAACGACGUUCGCCGGAAAAUCUGGAGUGCGCGGGUGGAUCAAAUCCUUCAUUUGUUUCCCACUUUUCUACGGGGCCCGAACCAGAAGAAGUGACAGGAUUAACUCAUUGUUCAUCAGUAUCAUCCAUGAACUCUUUUGAGAUAGAGGGUUUCUCCACAUCGUCAAGAAGAGAGAGGAGGAAGAAAUUAGUACAAAAACUAAAAGAAUUAGGAAAUUAUCCCGAGAAUCACAGGGUUCGCAUAUGGCGUGUUCUAUUAGAUCUUCCGCAGAAUCAAAGGGCAUUCAAAGGUUUAAUGAAAGGGUUAAAUCCCGCUGUCAAAAUUGCGCUUUCCAAAAAUCCAAACUUUGCCAGCUUGAGCAAUUUAAAGAUAUCUAUGAAUCUUGAACAAUUUUUGUCGGCGUUGAUUCGAUGGGGAUAUGAUGAGUCGGUCGUCGUUCGGUGGAUGCCUUCCAUGAUAUUUCCUUUCUUGGAGACAUUGUCGGAGAUCAAAGAUAACUUUUCAUUUGAAAUAAUUUUAAGCCUGUUAUUGAAUUGGUUUCAAAAUUGUUGGGAAGAAUUUCCGAAUCCACCGAGUAGGAUUCUCAAUGUUGCAGCCACAUUGCUGGAGCAUUGGGAUAUGACUCUACAUGCGCAUUUUCUUGCACACGGCAUUAAAAUACAGGAUUGUUAUUGGAAGAUGAUGCAUUGGAGUUUGGCCAAGGUCUUAACAAGGGAGAAUUGGAUUCUAGUGUGGAAUCAUCUGUUUUCAAGUGACGAGCCCUCGUUGAUGUACUACUUCAUGCUGGCAUUUAUCAUAAACCAGAGGGGUACCAUUCUGAAGUUCUCAAGGAAAAAGGAUCUUCUGGGAUUUUUUGAUUACAUAAAUUCCAUAGACAUCUUACACGUGCUUCGAUUGACCUACAAAUUAGAAUCCGAAACACCAUUAUGGUUAUCUCCGAGAUUCGAGGUCGGCCGGUAUAAGCCGUUAACUAAGACCGGACCAUAUCGACUCGAUUACAGUUCGACUUUGACGCGUACAAAUGAUCAGAAGGAUGAAAUUCGAGAUUGGAUCUUGGAACAGGAACGAGAAAUCGUUAAGAAAAGGAUAGUGUUCAUGUGA